UGUACUGCUGUCUUGAUGUUCCUUGAGUAAAUGAACUGCCUUUAACGGAUUUGUCUCCUGCAAGUUAUUACAUUUUGGCGACGAGGAUGAAAGCAAGAGAAGAAACGCCUUGAAGAGGAAAAAGUGUUGGAAGGUGAAUAAGUUUAAUCCAUACAAGUUGGAGCUUGGGAAAAGAAGAUGGCCAACAUGGUAGGAACAGUCACGCCUUUUGAUAGUCAAUCUCAGUCUUGGGAAGAAUAUUGUGAGAUCUUGCAGCAUUUCUUCGAGGCAAAUGAAAUUACAGAAGCAGUCAAGCAAAAAGCUAUAUUGUUGAGCACUGUAGGAAGUCAAACAUACAGUCUACUGAGGAAUUUACUGAUCCCAGUUAAACCAGGAACAAAGACAUUUGGGGAAUUAGUAGAAUUGCUUAAAGAGCAUUUCAACCCAAAACCUAGUGAAAUUGUACAACGGUUUAAAUUCAAUUCAAGAUCAAGAGAAGAGGGGGAAACUGUACUUGAGUAUGUGGCAGUAUUAAGGAAAUUGGCUCAUGAUUGUAACUAUGGAGAAAAAUUGACAGAAAUGCUUCGGGAUAGACUGGUAUGUGGCAUAAAUGAUGACCGUAUUCAACGUAGACUGUUGGCAGAAGCGGAUCUAACUUUUGAAAAGGCUUUGAAAGUAGCUCAAGCAAUGGAAACGGCCAAUAAGGAUGUAAGGGAUUUGCAAGCUAAACGCUCAGAAACAUCCAUGUCAAUGAGAGUGCAUAAAACAUCAGUAAAGCAGGACGAAAGUCAAAGCAGAGCAUGUUACAGAUGUGGAAGUUUGCAACAUUUGGCCAAUGAGUGCAGAUUUGUUUCUGAGAAAUGUCACCAAUGUGGGAAACAAGGGCACAUAAUGAAAGUAUGCAAAUCAAAAAGUUCCAGCAGAGACACAAACUUUCAAGGGGGAGAAAGACGUAAGAGAGUUGUGACCAGAGGAGGACAGAGAUCGUAUUAUGUGGGCAGAGAUGAAAAAAGUGCAUCUGAUGAAGAGGGGAUUUUUACAGUUCACAGUUUGAAAGAAACCGAGAUUCCAAAGGUUGCUCCACUGACUAUUACAUUGGCGGUUAAUGAGUCCAUCAUACCUUUUGAAGUGGAUACCGGUUGUGGUGUGACUGUGAUGAAUGGGUCAAAUUUUUCCAAAUUAUGGACAAAGCAUAAAAUUCCAGAAUUAAAGACCUGUGCCCGGUUGCAUAAAGCACCUUAA